AUGGGACUUUUGACGAUUUUUUUCAUUGUAAAUACUUUCAAGACGUCUUUUCUUUUGAUUCUUCUGAGUACUCCCUUGGCUCAAGUCACACAGAAGAAGAGGAUUCUAAUUUGGAAGAAAUUACUGACGAGAUGGUCGACGAUGAUUUGGAGA